GAAAAGUGCCCACAAGGCCAAUCACUUGGAGCAAAAUGACAGGACAAGCCAGUGAUCCGCAGCUUGCAAGGCAAGGUGAUUCAAACUUGCUGGCAAGUGUGUCAUUGCCUGGCUGUUUGCCCGCUCAGGGGUCAGAUUCCCAAACACCAGAAGCCAAUCGCACACCUUCCAGUCUUCCAAUGGGCGAACGUACUGCCGAGAAGACUUGUGAGAAUCCCUUCGAGACCUCUGUGCACCAGAAGGCCUGCUUGGGCCAGAGGGCUUCGGCGGGGGACUUGGAGGCCGGUUCUGUGACCAGUCCCAUAGAAGGCGUCGUGGUCGACUGGCCCGACGCAUCACCAAAGAAGGCAGACAACGGUGAGAAGCCGCUGCCCAGAAGGCGCUGUUGCCGGAGCCGGCGAUGCUUGAUUAGCCUUGCUUGCGGCAGCAUCUCGCUGGUAGCUGGAGUGGUGAUGUCCUUCUUGUUUUGGCCCAGGGAUCCGAGCUGGGACCUUGUGAAGCUGGAGGUUGUCACGCCUGAUGCGUUGAUGGAGUUGGUGAUGUUUGCUGCAGGCGGCAUGCAGGGCGAUGAAAACACCACCUUCCCAGAGGUGAAGUUCUAUGCCGAGGCUGAGGUGCACAAUCCCAACUUGUUGGGUGGUGAGGCGGAUCCGGGAGACAUCCAGGUGUUCUUCAGGGGCCAGAACGUCGGUGAUGCCCGCAGCCAGCCCAUGACGAUGACCCCGCAAUCCACAAGGAUCGUGGGAGCCAACUCCACGAUUCGGCUCAACUAUCACCUGUUCCAGGCCAUGACCAAUGAGGUUUUGAUGAACGAGCUGAAGCUGACUCUUCAGGUCAGCGGCGGAGCGUGGGUCACAGGGCCCCUGGGGGUCCGACUCUUCAUCAAGAUCGAGUGCGACAUCCAUACCUCUGUGGACCAGGUCUUCAACGAGGAGGCUCGGCAUAAGGUUGUGACGGGCAAGGAGUGCCAGUACAAGUACUUUUGAGGCUGAGUGAAGGAGGCGUAGUCAAGUAGUUGUGCCAGACUACAGUGACGACAGCUGGCCGGUCCGGUGUACAGAGAAUGGACAGCACUGGAGUUGGCUUUUUGAAAGCCGACCGAUGCAAUUUGCAUGAACAUUUGAUGAAGAGUUACCACACGGGCCAUCGCUGCUCUGAUGGGCAUAGCUCAUUUUCCGGCCGAUACCCUUGACAGCUUUGCAUUGCUGUGCUUGGGGAUUUUAUCGGCUGCAUACUUUGCUCGACAAUCGAGCAAAGGGCGCUGUAUAAAUCGGCAUUUGAAAUGUAAUGCGGCUGGGUCAAAGCAACCAAGUACAAGCAUUCAGGCGAUGAAGCAAUCAGUGGCAAUGAACCUGUUUUCCCAGCUUGCAGCUGCAAUUGGCUCGCAUUUCGGAUGCCUUCUGGUGGCCAAGCUGCUUGAAGGCCUAUGCGCUUGGAUGUGAGUUUUGACAAGCAGUGGGACAGGGGUAAGACCCCCUGGAAACUGCAGCUCGCAACAGCCUAGCAAACGCUAUGUGACUGUUCUUGGCGAGCACGGCUGGCUGGGCAUUUGAGAAGGGGAGUGCGAACUGCGAGA